AUGACAAGACAUGAUGUGAUUAUUUGCUAUGUACACAGAACCAUUCCUACUUUGGUGACAAGUCUAUUCAACUUUUUGUUUGUUUGUUGUAUGAAGCGGAGCAGGAAUCGUCAAAUUGAUUUAAAUCACCGAACAACAGAAAAACAAAAGCGAAAAAAAAAUCUGAAUGCAUUCAAUGAACUGAACGAGAGCGCACGCGGGUUGCCUUACACACAGAAGCAGCCGAAAUUGCUUCCGUUUGGAACCUCGGAUGAGUACGAGAUCGUCAUUGCUUGA